AUAUUUUUUAGCCCAUCACUGGCGUUCCAUACCAAUCGGAUCCUAUGGCAUUUUCGAGAGCAAAGAAAAGUCGCCUCAAAGGCACGGAUUUUAGUCGAAAAGGUGAAAUAGAUCAAUUCAUAGUGAGCCUUGUGGACAAAAUCAACAAAUGUGAUAAUUAUUUUACAACAAGUUCUUGUUCGGGGAGGAUAAUCUUGUUCUCAGAGAGUUUUGAUGAGUCUGCCGUAAAGAAGAAAGGUUGUAAAUGGCUCUUUGUGUCUCAUGAAUCAGCUUCAUCUUCAGAUCUUAUUUCAGCUCUCAAAGUGUCCAAAGGAGAUGCCAUUUUCAAGUUUGAGCCAUUUGUUCUCCAUGUCCAGUGUGAAACAAUCGAACAUGCCAGAAAACUGCACCAAGCAGCAGUGGCAUCUGGCUUCAGAAAUUCAGGAAUCACUAUUGGAAAUGGAGGAAAAACAAUAGCAGCAAUCCGCAGCACGCAUGGUCUUGAGGUCCCUCUAACAGCUGAAGGUAGACUGCUUGUUUCUGAUGAGUAUAUCAACUUCAUCGUUAACAUUGCCAACUCAAAGAUGAAAGAAAACUUUAAUAGGAUUGAAAGAUUCCAAGAUACACUUGAAGCAAUGUUGAGUGAGGAAGAUGAAGAUGAUCCUCCUUCAAGGAUUAAACUUGGAAGAUCAAGAUACAAAGUCAAACACAAACUUACCCAGACAAGCGACUCUCAGAUGGACUUAGAAACAAAUCAUGUCGGAGAAUACAAGAGAUUAAAUGACUCAGAAUUCAAGGGUAAUGGCUCAAACAGUGGAGAUAAUGAUUGUGAUGUCAUGUCAGACCUGCAAGAUUUUGCCUCCAUCUUUGAUCAUUCUGAUGAGAAUAGAUGAUGAUAGAAAAUAUAAUAAAUGGAAAGUAGUAUACGUGUAUGCCAAAGGUAAGGUCAAUCAGUGGAGAAAGUGAAGACUUUGAUUAAAUCCUACAGCAACACAAGCAUUCUUUUGCAAGGUGUUUAUCUGCAUUUGCUACUCUCAAUCCAGGUGUAGUAGAUGGCUAGUCGGAAGUAAGGAAUUUCUUGAUUGCUUGAUCAAGAUAGCUGUGAUCAAGCUGGGGCUUAAUCAUUGCCAGGGCCUCAAAAAUAAUGUUGCAUUUAAUGGAAUAUUCAUCCUAAUACCAAUGUGAUUAAAUUAAAAGUACAAAGAUGAAAAAUUAAUUUGGAUUGAUGAAAAGAUUUCAUGAAGCUAUAUAAAAAAAUAACAGAAUAGAUUUUUCAAUGUUUAUUUUGUGACAUUAAUGCAGGCAGCUGUUCCACACACAAAUAUGAAUUCUAUCAAUCCAAAAUUCUAUAUUUCAUGAUAAUUGAAAAUAUUCUGACUCUAGGGAAUAUGAGUGAAAUAAUGUAUCUGGUAUAUUUGGCAUGCACAGGUGAAUUAUUUUCAGUCUUCUAAAGAAAUUGGCAUUUUAAGGGGGGGGGGGGGUUAUCACAGGGUAUAUGGGGGAGCUGCUCCCAUGUAGCAUCACAAUUAAAACCUCAAUUCUUUUUAUAGAUUUUAUUUUUUCUCAAUUUUUUUUUUAACCAAACUUGAUAUCAGGUUUGGUUCCCCUUAUUAUGAAAGUUCUAUAUCUUUUGUAACUUUUGAAGGUUGCCAUGGCGAAGAAGAGUUUAGUGAGUUUCACAGUACACCAUGCAUCAUUCUUGGGCAAUUGUUGGUCCUGAAAAGGACCAUCCAAACAUAUAUUUUUAUUAAAAUCGUAAAUCUUCAAUAUCAUGUCAAGUGUAUGGGAUUAUUACAGAUUAAAAGGUCCUGUGAUAAAAAUUAAUUUUAGAUAUUGAUGUGAUUGUGAUUCAUUUCAUUUAUUUAGAGGAUUCAAAUUACAACAUUGGAUGUAAUUUUCAGCAUUAUGAUUGUUUGAGUUUUAUCAAUUUAUUGACCUGGGGGCGUUUCAUGAA